UGAACGCUUUUUACACUAAUAUUUUUGUAAUGUAAAAUGGGUUGAAAUGAAUUAAAAAGUGCAUAGCGGUUGUGAAAAAGUAUAAAAUAAAUAUUGGAAAUAAACGUAAAAUGUGAUCAUGGCUACAUUUCGGACUGUGUUAGUCAUAACAUUCUGGCUUCGCUGCACACUAUUGUAUGGAUACGAGUUUAUAUCACAAUAUCCUAAUCAACAGAACGAAACAUAUUACUUUUAUCACCUCGCAGUGGACAAAGCCAGUGGACAAGUGUACGCUGGGUCACUAAAUUGGCUUCAUCAAUUGAGUCCCGAUUUAAAACCCAUACAUGUAAUACGGACGGGACCUAAACUCGAUAAUCCUAUGUGCCAUGCGAGCGGUUGUACCUCGCCCGACAUAAAAACAUCAUGGAUCGACAACGUGAACAAAAUAUUAGUAAUAGAUCAAGAAUCAAGAAUGGUGAUUGCGUGCGGAUCAAUCGCCCAGGGUUCUUGUUUCAAGUACAAACUGGGCGACCUAUCGGCGGAGCCAGAAUUCAUCGCAAUCAGCGUCGCAGCGAACGAUGCCGAUGCCUCUACAUACGCAUUCAUUGGCCCAGAACGUUACAACUCCUGGGACCGGUCUAAUGUGCUCUAUGUGGGCACCACCUUCACCAACAAUGGGGAGUACAGACACGACGUCCCUGCCAUCGCCAGCCGAGAUCUCAUGACUCUGGACCUGGCACAGUUCACUUUUUCCAAGCAAAGUUUGAUCCAGAUAGAUGUCAAAUACAGGGACAACUUUUUAGUGCAAUAUGUGUAUGGAUUUAAUGCCAGUGAUUAUGCUUACUUUGUCAUCAUCCAGAAACAUUCUCAUCUUGCUGGGAAUGAGGAAUUGGGCUAUGUGUCUCGCCUGGCUAGGACCUGUGUUAAUGAUGACAACUAUAAUAGCUACACAGAAGUUACCCUGGAGUGUCACGUCAGAGAGGAAACUGUUAAUGGUAAGAGUGAAGUUGUCAAUUAUAAUUUAAUUCAGGAUGCCAAAGUUGCGAGGGCUGGUGCAAACCUGGCUUCACAACUUGGUAUUGAAAUAGGUGAUGCAAUACUCGUGGCAGCAUUUAGCCCUUCAAAGGGUAUAACUAAUGAACCUAUGGCCAAGUCAGCAAUAUGCGUGUUUUCUUUACAAGAAAUAGAAAUUAAGUUCAAUGAGAAUGUUCAUAUGUGUUUUAAUGGUAGUACUAAAGCUCGAAACAUGGGCUAUAUAUCAGGCAUGAUAUCAGAUGGUAAAUGUCCAAGUGUUGGAUCUGUUGGUAAUAUACUAAAUUUUUGUGAAGUAGGUUUAAAAAUAAGUGGACUGUAUCCCAUUAAAACUAUGUCUGUAAUUCACUGGAAUGACACUUUAAUAUCAUCAGUUACAAUGUCUGUGACUGGUCUGCACACUGUAGGUUUUCUAGGCACUAGUGAUGGUACUUUAAAGAAAGUAUUAAUUGAUGCUGAAAAAUCAUUAGAAUAUUCCAGUGAAGAGAUCCUCCCUAGUCAAAAAAUUCUUCCUGACACAGUUUUGUCACCAUAUCAAAAAACUUUGUAUGUUUUGGGAAGGAAUACUAUAGUACAAAUACCUACUGAGCGUUGUGCUGAACAUGGAAACUGCUCAUCAUGUUUAGAAUCCAAUGAUCCCCAUUGUGGAUGGUGUUCCUUAGAAAAACGCUGCACUGUUCAAAACAUGUGUCAAAAAGGUACACAAAGUGCUCCUAGGUGGUUGUCUCAGUAUACAGGCCAACAAUGUAUUGAUUUUGAACAGAUUUUGCCCGAUAGAAUAUCAAUGAAUGAAAUUACCACUGUACAACUUGUUAUCAGAACUUUACCAGAACUUCCUUUUGGUGCAAAAUACAAAUGCGUUUUUGGUAAUACUCCUGCCAUAGAUGCUGCAGUAACAUCCAAUGGGCUAGCUUGCCCCACACCAGACAUAAAACACAGACCUAAAAUUUCUCAAAAUCAAGACCACGUCUAUGUACCAUUAUCUGUGCACUCAUCUGAAACCAACAAAGAUUUUGUUUCCAGGAACUUUGCGUUUUAUGAUUGCUCUAAACACACAACAUGUCAUUCAUGCAUAAUGAGCGAGUGGGCGUGCAAUUGGUGUAUUUAUGAUAAUCGAUGCACACAUGACACUUCUGUGUGUCAGAGAACCAUCAUUAGUGGAGAAAAUAAUCCAACAAAGCUACUCAACCAUGGUAUAGGACACUGCCCCCGAAUUAGGCAGUACAAGAAACCUAUUUUAUUGCCAAAUAAUGUACCCAAAGAGCUGGAAUUGGAAGUAGAAAAUCUACCACAUUUGCAACCAGGUCAUACAGGAUUUCAAUGUAUAGUGAGUAUUGAAUUAGCAAACAUGAUAUUGCCAGCAAGGGUAGAAUCUAACCAUUACAUUGUGUGCGAUAGGACUACUUAUUCAUAUGAAGAAGACGUUGGAGAGUAUAAUGUCAGUGUCAAAGUGGUCUGGAACCAUAAACACUACAUUGACACCAUCACCAUUACUUUGUACAAGUGUGAAAUCCUUGGUUCACACAGAGAACAUGCUGAUUGCUCACUAUGUAUCACGCGCAAUUCAAUUUAUCAAUGUACUUGGUGUGGUAAUUCUUGUUCUUAUAGUGAAUCAUGUCUUGAAAAUCCUGUCACGGAAUGUCCUAAACCUAGAAUUGAUAUGAUCAAACCUUUAAGCGGUCCUAUAGAAGGAGGGACUAUUGUAACCAUUGAAGGUAGUAAUCUUGGAUUAAGAGUGGAAGAAGUGAAGGGGAAAAUCAGAAUAGGAGAUGUACCUUGCGACAUAGUUGACUUUGAAGUAUCCGUUAGCAUUACAUGUCGUACAGGACCAUCUAACGGAUCUGCAGUAGCACCAGUAAUUGUGCAAAAUGAUUCAGGAUAUACUGAAUCAUCUGUACUGUUCAGCUAUAAAAACAUCAAACUUCAAGGGAUUUACCCUGCUCUGGGGCCUGUAUCGGGGGGUACACAGUUAGCUAUAGGAGGACAGCAUCUCAAUAUUGGUUCUACAGUUUUUGCUUAUUUAGAUGACUUACCUUGCUCCGUUAAUAAAACGCAAACAUCAAACAGCAGAUUGAUAUGCAUCACUCCGAAAGCUAACACGCCUCGUGUAAUUACAACAGUGACAGUGUCUAUUGAUAAUGCUAAUAGGACUCUAAAUGGCGACUUAUUUAAUUAUACAGCAGAUCCCACUAUUAUGGAAAUAAAACCAUUAAAAAGCUUUGUUUCUGGUGGAAGAAUGAUUACAGUACAUGGCACAAAUCUACACACAAUCCAGAAACCGUUAAUGAAAUUGUAUUAUGCUAAUGAAGUACUUCCAGUAAACCACACUGCUUGUGUAGUACUGAAUUCUAAUCAAAUGGAAUGCCCAAGUCCUGCUAUAAACAAAAAAUAUCAUGAGAUAUUACAAGCAACUAAAUCUCAAACUAGCACACCUCAAAUUGCAAUGAAAGUUGGUUUUGUAAUGGAUAACGUUGAGACGAUGCACGACUUAGAAAAGUACUUUAAUCCACCUCGAACCCACAUGGUUUUUGUCGAAGAUCCACAUGUUUAUCAAUUCCCCAAUAGAAUUAAAUCUUAUACAGGGGACCCGUUAGUUAUAGAAGGAGAAAAUUUAAAAAGAGGAAGUGAUGAAUCUGAUGUUGUGGUGACUAUUGGCACCGAACCUUGCAACGUUACAAGUUUAACAAUGCAACAGUUACUAUGUACACCGCCUGUCAUACAACCUGCGAAUACAGAUGAAAAUGGAGUACAAAUAACAGAUAUCAAUUUACCUCUUGUAGUAGUUAAAGUGGGCCGAAACCUUCGAUUUCCCAUCGGCUAUCUUCAUUAUGAAUUACUCAGAAACUACAACUUUCCACCCGAAGUAAUUGCUGGAAUUGCUGCCGGAACGUUUUUCUUAGUUUUAUUUUUCAUGAUUAUUUUAGUAGUAUAUAGACGCCGCAGUACUAAAGCCGAAAGAGAAUACAAAAGAAUUCAGAUACAAAUGGACACUUUGGAAAGUAAUGUGAGAUUGGAAUGUAAAUUAGCUUUUGCAGAAUUGCAGACUGAUAUGUCCGACUUGGCAGCUGAUUUGGAACAUUCUGGAAUACCCACUUUAGAUCACGUAAAUUACGUAAUGAAUGUAUUCUUCCCAGGAGUGUCGGAUCAUCCUAUUUUAAACGUACAACGCCAAUUUAUAAACACUCCUAGGACAAACUACGACGCCGCGAUGAUUCAAUUUGAACAACUUUUAAAUAACAAAUGUUUCCUUCUGUCAUUUAUAGACACUUUAGAAUCUCAGAAGUCUUUCAAUAUUAGGGACAAAGUGAAUGUGGCGUCAUUAUUAAUGGUCAUAUUAAUGGGGAAAAUGGAAUACGCCACUGAUAUAUUGAAGUCUUUAUUAUUACGUCUAAUUGACAAAUCAGUCUGUAACAAACAUCCUCAAUUAAUGUUACGGAGAACCGAAAGUGUCGUUGAGAAGAUGCUGACGAAUUGGAUGGCUUUGUGCAUGUACUAUUACUUAAAAGAUUACGCAGGUUCCUCUCUGUUCUUACUCUUCAAAGCGAUCAAACAUCAAAUUGAAAAAGGUGUUGUUGAUGCAAUCACUCACGAAGCUCGGUAUUCUUUAUCAGAAGAAAAACUCCUGAAAGAGCAAAUUGAUCAUCAGACAAUUACUUUGCAUAUAGUGCAAGACGAUUUUGAUGAAAAAGUACAGUGCAAAGUGUUGGACUGCGACAGUAUAUCACAAGUAAAAUCAAAAAUACUUGAUGCUCUAUUUAAAAAUACCCCAUUCUCUAUGCGUCCAUCAGUACACGAGGUAGAUUUAGAAUGGCGACAUGGAAGAGGUGGUCACGUUACUCUCCAAGAUGAAGAUGUGACAACUAAAACCCUCAAUGGAUGGAGGAAAUUAAAUACUCUCGCUCACUACGGCGUCAAAGAAUCUGCCGUUAUGUCUCUAAUCUCUCGCCAAAAUGACACUUUUAACACUCCCUACAAAAUACCUUGCAAAAACUGCACAGGAAUUUACUGUUCUAAUUCACACAUACGAGUGUACAACAGUGACAUAACAGAUCAAAAUGUUCAUUAUUAUCAUUUAGUAAAACCCAUUGAAUAUCAGCAUAUUGUCAACAAAUCUUCAGAACACAGUCAUAAAGCAAUACCAGAAAUAUUUCUCACGCGAUUGUUAUCCACUAAGGGAACGGUACAUAAGUUUGUUGAUGAUUUUUUCAGUACAAUACUCACUGUAAAUGAAGUUUUGCCGCCAGCAGUCAAAUGGCUCUUUGAUCUAUUUGAUGACGCAGCGAGGGCUCAUGGAAUUCUGAACCCGGAAGUUGUGCACGCUUGGAAAUCAAAUAGUUUACCUUUGAGAUUUUGGGUGAAUCUCAUUAAAAAUCCAGACUUUAUAUUCGACAUCAAUAAAACUGCUACAGUUGACUCGUCGUUAUCUGUGAUCGCCCAAACUUUUAUGGACGCUUGUUCAUUAACAGAACAUCGUCUUUGUAAAGAUUCCCCAUCAAAUAAAUUACUUUUCGCUAAAGACUUGCCCACUUACCGAGAUAUGGUCAUUCAGUUUUACCAAUCAGUUUCCCAAUUACCUCAAGUGUCAGACCAAGAACUGAGCACGUCAAUGCAGCAACUUUCGGUGGAACAAUUAAACGAAUUCGAUACAUUGUCGGCCUUGAAAGAAUUGUACAUCUACGUCAGUAAAUAUAGAGAACAAAUUAUAUUAGGUCUAGAAAAUAAAAUGCACUUAGCUCAUAAAUUAGAUAAUAUAGCGUGCACUAUGGAAGGCGAUCCUUCGUCUAUCUGCUGACUAUAUGACACUAAAAGUUAUGAUUUAAUUGCAUUUACGUAAUUUAUUUAUAUACUCUUAUACAUAUAUUUUGUAAAAAGAAGCUUUAAUUUAUUCUUUAAAGUACUCAGAUUGAAACAGAAAUGUAAAAAGACUGUAAAAUAUCAGUUCCAUAAAUCUAGUUAGAAGGGUUAAAAAGUAUUUUUUUCAAUGGAUGCGUAAAAUAAGCAUAAGUUUUGAUUAAUGUACGUAAUAUAUUGUAAGUAUAUCACAUAAAAUUUUAAUAUCGGCGUAUACCUAUGUAAAAAAACGAAUCUCAGAUCUGAUGUCUGUGUGCAUUUAAUACUCUCCUAGUGGCCAUAUUUUAGUGUCCAUGCUAUUUUUAUAAUUUUAGUAUUAAAAAAAUAUUAAUUGCUCUCUUAUGAAUCUUAUUUUCUGUAUGAUCUGGAAUUAAGUAAGUGAUAAUGAUUACUGUAAAUUAUGCAUUAUUGUAUGUAUUUGGAAAUACUUAACUAUGGAUGUGUAUUGUUAUUCUAAGAUGUAUUUGUAAUUUGUAAAGAGUAUUAAGUUAAGGAAAUGUUGUGAUAUUUGUAUCUGGAAUAUUUAAUAUCGUUAAAUGUCCGACGCGCGGGCCGGUUUCUUAUAGGUUCAUAUCUGGAAAUAUUUAGUCACAACAAUAAUUAGAAUAGGUAUCCAUACAUUUUCGGUAGGUACCUAGCAAAAAAAACUGAUAAAAAAUCUAAUAACUACUUUUUGUUGCUCACCGUGUUUCCACUUAAAUCAAUUUCCAAGAUAUUAUUAACAUCCUCACGGCCCACGCUUCAAAGGCCUAACUUUAUUGUUUUAUUUCACAAUUGAUUUCCCUGAAAUCUAAAUUUGUACUGCCUGAGUGAACACAUGAUUAAAUCGAAGACAUAUAAAUAUCUAUGAUAAUAAAUUAUUUAAUAGAAAGGUGUUUGAUCUCAUUUUUCUUUGCUCAAAUCCGUUUGUUCGUAUGGGCGCCAGUUUACUCAGUUGUACGUAAUAAUUAAUAAUAUUCCAUUUACAAUAUAUUUUGUAAGUUAGCAUUAGAUAUAAUUUGUUAGAAUCUAAGGCAGCGUAAAUUCACCCGUCUCUUAAAGUUUUAUAUUAUUGACUAGAAAUAUACUUAUUUAUCAAUCUUUUUGUAUUGAAUAAUUUCGAUAUGAAUGGGAUAAACAUAAA